AGGAAAGCAUGUACAUGGGGGGGCUCGUCAGAUGAUGUACAUGUGUUGGGAGGUGAUGAGUCAGGAAAGCUCCCCGCAGGAAUGAGAUUGGGACAUCUAUAAAAGAGGCCCCAGAGAACUGCCUAACCCUCUGCUAGAGAAGGCGAAGGCACCAGGCAACGCCUAUGAAUCAGGAAGCAAACCUUCCCCAGAACCCACCAUCACCUUCGUGGUGGAUUUCUGAGCCUCCAGAACCGUGGGAAACACACUUCUGUUGACAAAGGACUCCGCUGAUGGUACUUUUGAUAUGACCAAAACAACAGAAGCUGACCACCACUCCUCCUCGUGGUCUGCACGAUUCCCAGGUGCUCAGAGGAGGCUGGGACUAGACAGAGCGGGGAGCCGGGUGGAGAACUCCCAGGACAAAGUCCGAAGGUGACCCCUGCAUCUUGACAGAGCCGGGAGCGGGGCUGCGAGGUCCCGCCCCUCCGUCCCAAGCCCUGGAAGGAUCCACGCGAAGUUGAUGGAAGAGACUCCCGUGAAGAUGGAACAACUAAAGAACGGACCAGCUGGAUCCGAGGGGAACAGCCUGCCCCUCCUGACACCUGGAGCUGAGGGCUGGUCCCCUGUGUCCAUCCCAGCCCUGCCACCCUCGCUCGUGGGCACCCCACACCCAGCCCACCUGGGACUCCCCGAGCACCUGGCCUCUGUUACUGUUCCCAUCCGCUUGGAUGCCCUCUCCUACCUCCUGCACAGUGCCCUGAUGGGGGCCUACAGCCUCCAGCAGUCCUUCCCCUCCUGCUCCUGCUCCCCACAGGCAUGCCACACCCAGCCAGGAGUAGCCAAGAGGCCGUUCAGGGGUCGCGGAGGGUGGGGUGUUCCGCGCAGGCCCACCCGGGGCCAGGGCCAGUCAAGACGAGGCCCUGGGAGAGCUGAGCAACCAGAGAGGGACAGGGCAGGGGUCCCUUGGGCUGGCCCCAAGACCCCACCGGUGACACCUCCAUCACCACCCACCCUGCUGGCCCAGGAUGGGAAGAGGGAGCCACUCCUGGACCCCACACCUGCUGCUGAGGACUGGGAGACAGAAUAUUAGGACCCAGGGGAGGGUCCAGCACUUCGUCACCCACAGUUUAUUUUUUCCUGGAGCCCAGAGUGACCUUAGCCCUUAGCCUCCUGUUAACCCCACCCCCACCCCCAAACCUGUGAGCCACGUGGUGAAGCUGGGACCUGUCUUAGGAUCCCAAGUCAGGAAAGCCCUGAACCUGGACCUCGCAUCCAUGUCCACACCCACGCCUGCCUGCUGCAUGGCCUCAGUCCCGUCCCCUGCACCAUCCCCAACUGCAGCUACGCUCCUGAGCCCACCAGCACCUAGGGCUCCUCCAGGGCCAUUCCCAGGCCACUCCAGAUCCCUCAGCCCUUCCCCCCUGCCUCUCCACACCUCCAUGCCUGUCCCCAAACCCACUGGCUCCUUCCCCUAUCCCCAACCCCAGCCCAGUCUCGGCCUUCCUUCCCAGCCCCAUUCCCUGUGUGCCUCAGCCCCCCGCCCAUGUUCAGCUCCAUCUACAGACAGCUGUACCCCAGUACUGUCCCCUGCUGCUCAGGGUGCCCUGCUUGAACAAUAAAUGGAAGGCUGCACUUCG